AUGAAAAGCGCAACGAAUCGCUGUUCGCUCGGAGCAUUCACGAUUGGGCUUCUCCUUCUGCUUGGCCUCAUCGUUGCAUGUCUCGACUUGAAACUCACUUGGAGCUCAGAAGGUCCCUCAUCGAAGCCCGCGUUCCACGGCGUCAGGCACCUUGCUCACAAUGAGACGGGCCAUGCUUACAAUAAUGAAACGGGCAUUGACGGCCCAAAGCUGCAAUUCGUCAAGACGCUCCACCACAUUGCACAGAACACGUCUCAGCCACGUGGCAUUGUGAUGCCAGUGUACGAACAGAUUGUCAAAGUCGCUGCGUCAUUGAUUCUGGAACUUCGAACCAUGGGCGUCGAUGAUCCCAUUGAGAUGCCGUAUUGCGGAGACGUCUCCCCUCAAUCACAGUCGCUGUUGUUGCAAAAGGCAGCGCUGGGGUCCAUUCGGUUCUAUGACGUUUGUGACUUGGCUGCAUCAGCGACAGUCGAGGGAAAUGCAUCCCAGAAAGUCUUUUGUCCGAACGUUACAUCCUGCCAUACCAAGUUCCGGAAUUUCGAUCUCAAGGUCGUGUCCGUCGUGUUCUCGAAAUUCGAGGAAAUUAUGAUGGUUGAUGCCGAUACGGCGUUCUUUAUCAACCCGACGGUGCUAUGGGACUCGGCAAAGUACCAAUCUACGGGCACGUUGCUCAUGAACGAUCGCCAUGCGCACGAGAUCUACUUUAUGGCCCAACGCGUUCGCGGGCAGGCUAAUUUAUCGUAUCAGCAUCUGUAUAUGUCAACGUUCGAUCCUGUCCCGUUCCGGUUCAUCCCGACGCUUGAGCGUGAGAAAGCUACUGUGCAGAACCCCGUUCCGGUGACGCUCCUUUUUGAACCGAGUGACUAUUUGCUUACUAGUCACUCGUGGAAUCUUCGCACGGGUCAUCAGGUGGACUCGUCCCUACUGUUCUGGAACAAGAAGAAACAACCACGAGCUACUGCGAUUCUGGCAUCUUUUAAAGCACUUUGUGAUGUUGGCCCGCCCCCGUCUUAUGGUGAUAAGGAGUUGUACUUCUACGCUGCAGAGAUGGCAGAAACGCAAUACUCAUUUUCAGACCACACGAUCAGUGGGGUUGGAACUUAUUACAACGACCACGGCGAAGGGAAGUCGACUCUCUGUGGUGAUAUGGCGCAGCCCUUUCCGAUCAAACAGGACCGCAUUGAGGAUGUGCCGCUCUUUUACCUCAAUAGUGAUCGCGCCUUACGCUAUAAGCCAGCAGUGGAAGGUGUGUACUAUGUGAAGGCACGUAUGGCGGACGUGUACCUAGGACCUUAUGGCAAGCGUCGAAUCGAUUGUCCUUUUAACAUCACCGCGGCCAAGUUCUCCGAGGCCGAAACUCGACAUUUGAGCGGCCGACAGCGUCUGCAUGAAUUUGUGGUUGCUUGGUGGGAAAUCGCCCAAUCUGGUGGAAAGGAUGUUAUCCAUAAUUCGACGGCUACUUCCAUCGACGGCAUGGUGGACGAGCAGAUGGAAGCGAUGAGGAAGGACUAUCAGCACGUCAAGGUUCCAAGUGUAUCAUGGACAGAGGUGGACAAGUGA